AUGAAUUCACAAUUCCCAGCUGCGCCGACUGACAUGUACGGGAUGUCUGCAGAGGAUGUAGUGACUAUGAACGGCGGCUCAGACAUCGGGCAAGCAUCGCAAAUGGCACCCCCACAGAUCAAUGUGGAAUUUGCACCACCAUCGCGAAAUCCAAGCUUCGGUCCUGGAAAGCCUCCCGCGGCGGACUUUGACUCUCUGAGCCCUCCGGCAAUGAAAUCCCGUGUGCGGAGCAAAUCCGACCCGUAUGCGCAGCCGUCUUCUCGAUCAAGAUCGCCUGCUGCAUCAGCAUCCAGUCUCGAAGCCCACGCCUCCACUACGCCGCGGUCCCUAUCGCCCCACUCACGCAGCAGCCCGGGCUCGCGUGAUACUUCUCCAUCACGCAACCGCCGACUAUCUACUUCCUCCAUCGAGAACCGCAACUACAUCCUGGACCUCGCCGAUCCCCAACGGCCUGGCGCCAUCUCGGGUGACUCCAAGCGCGUCCAGAAACAUCCUGCCACAUUCCAAUGCAAUCUAUGCCCGAAACGAUUCACCCGCGCCUACAAUCUGCGCUCCCACCUCCGCACGCACACCGAUGAACGCCCCUUCGUCUGCACCAUCUGCAGCAAGGCCUUCGCUCGCCAACACGACCGCAAGCGCCACGAAGGCCUGCACUCCGGCGAAAAGAAAUUCGUCUGCCGCGGCGACCUCUCCCAUGGCAACCACUGGGGCUGUGGCCGACGCUUCGCUCGCGCCGACGCCCUCGGCCGCCAUUUCCGCUCUGAAGCCGGCCGCGUCUGCAUCAAGCCGCUCCUCGAUGAGGAGUCCCAGGAGCGUGAGCGGGUCCUGCUCGAUCAGCAGCAGCAGCCGCAGCAGACUCUCCAGCCGGUGCCCCAACCGCUCGUCAUGCAAGGCUUGCCCGGUAUGGACGGCCAGCCGACCAGUAACUUCGUGCUGCCGGCGGCUCUGCUGGCGCAGUACCCGGCGUUGCAGACGCUGCAGUGGGACCAGAUUCCUGCGGCGGAUGAUCCCAGCGAUAUUGGCGGGCGGAGUAGCUUCGAUGCUAGUUCUGGCGGCGAGUUCGGGUUCGAUGAUGAGGAUUCUGUCAUUAGUAAUACCUCUGGUAUGAGUGGUGGAUUUGGGAAUCAGGGGGGCUUGUAUAAUCCGCCGAUGAUGGGGAUUAACCCCGGUGAUGCGGGGUAUCAAGAUCAGAAAUGGGGAGCUUGA